AUGGAGCUUUCGGCUGAGGCAAUGGAAGCUCUGAACCGAGCAAUGUCUCAGCAAAUCAAAGAAGCGAAUCAAGCCAUAGCAACUCAGCUCACCCAACAAAUCGAACAACUCAACGACAAGUUCGAGACCAAGAUGAGUGAUCUGCUCAAAGAUCUCAGUGCAAGUGGAGAAGAGUCGUCUCAAACUCCAACUCCGUCAGAAGCAAUGCGCUUAGCUAAGGGUAAAGGGCAUAUAGGAUCUUCCCGGAAACUUCCACGCCACCCAACACCUUCCGAAGCCAGGACUAAAGCUAAGUCCAGUCGAAGCCAGAUUGGGGGCAGAGAGACUACGUUUAAUCCGAGGAGGAAUCCUACUGGUGCAGAACGAGAUGGCCCAAGGGCAGUUCUUAUGCAGGACAAGAAGCCCGUCGCUUACUUCAGCGAAAAGUUAGGAGGAUCAACGCUGAAUUAUCCCACGUAUGACAAAGAGUUAUACGCAUUGGUUCGAGCUCUCCAGACGUGGCAGCAUUACCUAUGGCCUAAGGAAUUCGUCAUUCAUACCGAUCACGAGUCUCUAAAGCACCUCAAGGGUCAGCAGAAGCUUAACAAAAGACAUGGGCGAUGGAUGGAGUUCAUUGAGACAUUCCCCUACAUUGUUAAGUACAAAAAAGGUAAAGAUAAUGUGGUCGCAGACGCAUUAUCCCGGAGGUACACUCUUAUUUCGACUUUAACAUCAAAGUUGAUUGGAUUUGAACACAUUAUAGAUCUUUAUGAAUCUGAUACUGACUUUUCUGAGAGCUAUGCCAAAUGUCAUAAGUUUGCCUGUGAGAAAUUUUAUAGACAGGACGGAUACUUGUUCUUCAGUAACCGAUUGUGCAUACCACGAGGAUCUAUUCGAGAGUUACUGGUACGAGAAGCUCAUGGAGGUGGAUUAGCU